CUGAAACCAACAGGGGAGAAGGAAGAGGGGGAGGGGGCUGCCUUUAACCCGUUCAUCCCCAGCAAUAUCACAGACUCUCUUUCCGGAGGAGUUAGGCUGGAGCCCCUGGGCCCCCAGGCAGUGAGUUAGGGAAGUCAGGUCUCCUCCUCCUCCUGGAAACCAGCCCAUCUGGCCUCCUCGUGGCCACCCAGCUCUGCACCAGCCCGUCUGGCUGCCUUGACAGUGAUUAGGAGGGGUGGUGGUCUAGACAGGAGGCAUAGAAGGAAAUAUGGGCAGGUCUCCCCACCUUUGUUUGCUCCAUCCCUCCACUCCCCAGCUGCCUCUGGCCUGAGGACUUCUGUUUUUCAUUCCCGGGAUGGAGAGAAGAACAUGGGGCCACACCCUGGCCUGUGUGGGUGGAGCCUGGGAAGGGAGUUGGGGCAGAAGAUGGCUGGAGCCUGAGGCCAUGGCCACUUCCUGGCAGGCUGCCAGCUCUGCUGCCCAGACCAAGGCAAAGCAGGCUCGAAAGAGGGUGGUGGGUAUGGCCAAGCCUUAGCCUUCAUCAAGGCUUCCUGUUGCCGGCCGGCUGGGCAGUGCCCAGGCCUAGGGACCUCGGUGGAACAGAGCUGCUGGAUAAGGAAGGGGUAACGGGUGGGGAAGGGGAGGUUUGCCAGGGCUCUUGCGGAUGGGCACAGAGCAACGUCAGUAGGAAACCAGGAAAAUAGAGGGCUCACUUAGCUUGACCCACCCUUGUCCACUUCCCAGGCCUCCUUAGGUCUUGCUCAAUAGUCCUGUCCUGGCACCUCCAUAUUUGAAUAGCUUUGAGCAGAGCACUUUAUCCUCUUGAGGCCUUAGUCUCCUGAUCUUUGACAGAAGGACAAUCAUCCCCUAUCUGCCUCACCUCUGCGAGGCACCCUUAGGACUGGACAGGGUGAGAUGGAGGGUUUCACAUAUAGGGCAACUAUCAAGCACUGUUUAUUCCCUUUCAUUUUCCUCCAGCAUUCCUAAGAGGAGAGCAAGGACCAGAAUGACUUAUCCUCUUUUCACAGAUGAGGACACUGAGGUCCAGAGAAAGGUCAUGAAGCAUGUUGAGAGCCAGGAUCUCCUAAACCAGUCCAGAGCCUGAGGUCUCCAAAAUGAAAAGGUUCUUAUGAACUCCAGGGAUGCUGCACCAGGCUCACCACUGACUGGAGGCCCCUUCCUCCACCCCCCACCCCCCCAUAUCACAGGGUCAAGUCCAAGUCCCUUAUCCACCAGGACACCUACUCUGGCUUUUAUACCCAUGGGCUAGACACCUUGAGGACACACCUUCCAAAUAGUCCUAGGUCCCCCAGCACAUUAGCAGUACCUGGAAUCCCACAGGUAAAGCCAGUCAACAGCCCACAGUCCCCAAUGCCACAGGGCCAGUCCUAGUCCCCACAUCAAGGGAAGCUUGUGGUGAUGACAAGAACCUAAGUGUCUGAGGCAGAUAGAGCUGAGCUUGAAUCUCAGCUCUGCCAUUCCUAUGCGAGCGUGAUAAGCACUCACCCCAGGGAAGCCUCCACCUUCCCUACGUGCACUGGGAUAUCAGAGCUCAGUGCAGGAUCUUGACGAUGGGCAAUGAGGGAUGUAAAGCACCCGACAUAUUAAGAGCUCAGUGAACAGUGGCUAUUCUCACUCCACCCAGGCCCUGGGGCUCCCCGAGUCGCCUUCCUUUCUCACCAGCCCGACUACGCAAGAUCCCCUCCGUUCCUGUUUUUAGAGGCAAAUAUUGAUCAGUCAUCUACAGUCCCGCAGGAAGCACCAGGCCAGCCACUGCAGGAGAUCAAACAGCAAGACUGUGCCCUGCCUUCAGGGGCCUGUAGCCUGUGCGCUUUCCUAGUCCCACAAGGAACUACCGUCCCAGUCUCCUCCUGCCUCCACCCUUGCCAUCGGUCCCCCAGCUGACCCGUCACCAUGGCAGCCCUGAUCGCAGAGAACUUCCGCUUCCUAUCACUCUUCUUCAAGAGCAAGGAUGUGAUGAUUUUCAACGGGCUGGUGGCACUGGGCACGGUGGGCAGCCAGGAGCUGUUCAGUGUGGUGGCAUUCCACUGCCCUUGCUCACCAGCCCGGAACUACCUGUACGGGCUGACAGCCAUAGGUGUGCCAGCCCUGGUGCUCUUCCUCAUCGGCAUCAUCCUCAGCAACCACACCUGGAACCUGGUUGCCGAGUGCCAGUAUCGGAGGACCAAGAACUGCUCGGCUGCCCCCAACUUCCUCCUUCUAAGCUCCAUUGUGGGCCGCGCAGCCGUGGCCCCCAUCACCUGGUCUGUCAUCUCUCUGCUACGCGGUGAGGCCUAUGUCUGUGCUCUCAGCGAAUUCGUGGACCCCUCUUCGCUCACAGCUGGGGAAGACAGUUUCCCACUGGCCCAGGCCACAGAAAUCCUGGCCAGGUUCCCGUGUGGGGAGGGCCCUGCCCACCUGUCAGGAUUCCAGGAGGAGGUCAGCCGCAGGCUCAAGUACGAGUCCCAGCUACCGCCAGGAGGCCUACUGGGCGCAGUACCGGGCCAACGAGGACCAGCUCUUCCAGCGCACGGCCGAGGUGCACUCGCGGGUGCUGGCUGCCAACAACGUGCGCCGCUUCUUCGGCUUCGUGGCACUCAACGAGGAGGACGAGAAGCUGGUUGCCAAGUUCCCGGUGGAAGGCACACAGCCACGGCCACAGUGGAACACCAUCACCGGCGUCUAUUUGUACCGCGAGAACCAGGGCUUUCCACUCUACAGCCGCCUGCACAAGUGGGCCCAGGGUCUGGUGGGCAACAGCACGGCCCAAGACAACACGGAGAUGGUCCUGCUCGCCUCCUAAGGGUCCUGUUCCCACACUCUUUGCCAAUGACACUACUUGGUCCCAAACAGAACCCCGUGGCCUGCUCACAUCAGCAUCAGAGGGGAAUUCCUUUUUGUGGGGGUGGGGCGCUUGUGGGAUCUUAGUUCCCCAACCAGGGACUGAACCUGCACCCUUGGCAGUGAAAGCGCGGAGUCCCAACUACCUGACUGCUAGGGAAUUCCCCAGAGGGGAUUUUUUUUUUUUUUAACCAUAGCUUUUGGGGGAAAUAGGCCAGGAAAAAGGAACACCAAGUAAAACUGGGGAACAGAUGUGAGAGCUAGUAGACAACGCGAUCAGCUCUGGCAGGAAGGCUCUCAGACCUGAAGAAACUCCCUCUCCUGUUGCCACCAGCCACAUGGUCAACAGCUUUGGAGAAAAGACCCUUUCCCAGAACUGGUCCUUAAUUAACUAUGAUGUGGGUGACCUUCGACUGGUAGGACCCAGUCCCACCAGUCUGGAAAGCCCUGGACAGCAGAGCCAGGUGACAACGAAACUCACCAGCAGGCUCCUUGUGCGGAACAUUGUGUGUAACUGCAUAUGGACACCUGGCCCCGUGCUGAUCACCUGGGAAGCAGCUCCCAAUGUACGCCUCUAGCUUUAUUUUCUAUAAAUUUUUGAUAAAGCUUUUCUUAGUAUAAAGGACUAGCUUGGUGUCUGCACGAUUGGAUGGGUCAUGCCACAGCAGGCUGGAGGUCAUGGGGACAGGCUCAAAUCCCAUUCCUAGGGAGGGGAAAGGACAGAGACUCUGGGCAAGACUGAAAUGGAUGGAAGGGAAGGCUGGGGCACAGGGAGAGCCAGGUGUUCCCACACGCAGGAAGGCCCUGGGAUUGACGACGUCUUAACUGGGUUCAGUUUUCUGAUUUGAUCUGGGAAACAGAUGGAACCCGGCCUUUCUCAGAGGGAAGCUCGGCUAAAAUUUCACGAGUCAGCAGAUCCUGCCCUUGCACCCAGUAGGGCAGUCUAGCUCUCGUAACCUAGAGCCAGUGACCAAGAACCAGGCCAAGCCCUGCUCCGCCUCCCUCCCAUGCCCACCCCUGCCUGAGCCCCUCCACCACCUCUAAAAUCUCUGAUGCUCUCUCCCUUGUCCCUGUCCUGCUUUCUGGCAUAUGACUCAGUCACUUCCCACGGAAAAGCUCUCCAGCUCUCAGGACAUUUAAAGCUCUGCCCAAGAAAACUUUAAUUCCCUUAAGACCAAGCCGAAAAUGAACUGGCUUCAACAACUAGCUGGGUCUGUGUUGGCCUCGAGGAACUCUAGAACAUACAGGAUUAUUACUUAUCAAGGAGGAGGAGAGACAGUCUUUCUGGGAACUUUACAGGGAGGUGGGGGUAUAGCGGGCCCAUCAUGUCCCCUUCUCCCUCAGGACUCAAGGAACAACCAGCAAGUCAAUCAAGGCCCUCCGCCCAGCAAGCUCUCCCCAGGGGAGCUACAGGGAGCCAGAGAAACU